UCUGGUCGAGUUUCAGUUCAGUCUAAUCACUCAUAGUUGUCGGUUCGGAUUUUUUUUGAUACCGUUAAGGAUCUAUCCGUAGAGCAGGAUUGGGUUGUAAGAGGUGGCAUUGCAGCUUCCAGCAUCUUGAAUCGGUUGUGGAGAGAGCGGAAUUGCGUCGUGCGGCGGAUGUAGAGGAAAAGCUGUCUGCAAAAGGGCGUUCAGUUGACGAAAAAGGGUGGUUGUGUCUGAAAAGUGUGUUCGCUUAACAGGAAGUCCAGUACGGUGUUUGUUGAUUGUUGAUCUCCUUUGCGCGCCUAAAUUGCGUUUCAGGAAAAUUGCUGUGGUGAAGUUGUGCGUGUGAAAAUUUGUCGACUUGCGGUUGGGUUCUGUUGGAUCUCAUCAGAGCGUAGAACAAUAGGCGGCGGCGGUAGGAUAGUGGCACAAUUGUACGCAUUAAGCAUUUGGUUUGUCUUGUGGCAAAGUUAUAUUGAAGGUCAAACAAAGUGGUGAAAGGCGUGCGUCAAAUUUCGUUUGUGUCGUGCAGAAUUGAACCGCAGGGCAUAUUUCGCAAAACUUGUCGGUGAAAAUUGUAUUACGUACCAGUCUAAGCGAAUACAGUGGAUACAAUGGAUAAGGCCAAGCAGAACGAUACGCCCCAACAGAAAGGAGUGCAUAGAUAUGCAGUCAACACGGAGAAAAGCGGCGAAAUCAUUGUCACAGUUCAGGGCGACAUAACGCAGCAGGAAAAGCGUGCCGUCUUCCUAACUGUGCACGACUUGGGGUGCAAUCAUACCUCGUUCCAGGAGUUUGUGAACAGUGCGUGUAUGAUCGAAAUCAAAGAGCGAUCGUGUUUCAUACACAUCGAUGUUCCUGGGCAUGCCGAAAAUGCUCCAAACCUACCGGAAAAUUUCCAGUUCCCAUCGCUGCAGCUGCUGGGCGAAGAAUUGGUAACCGUUUUGGACUUUCUGCACGUCAAAUACGUGAUUGGUCUAGGAGAGGGCGCUGGUGCAAAUGUUCUGGCCCGAUUCGGUAUCGCCCAUCCAUCACGCAGUCUUGGUCUAAUUCUGAUCAAUGUCACCGGUUCGGCGGCAUCCGUUCUGGAUGCUUUCAAGACCAAAUUUAUCAGUUGGAAGGAAGACGCCCUCAGCCAGUCGGCUGAGGAUUUCUUGUUGUAUCAUAAAUUUGGCUAUAUUUUCUCCGAGCAAUUGACAGGAGACAAUCCCGACAAGGAGAAGAUCGUUGCGGAGUUUCAAAGUCGGCUACACAGUUCGUUGAACAACAAGAAUCUGAAGCAAUAUGUUAAAGCAUUUAUGAGUCGCAAGGACUUACCCUUGAAAAAUUGUAAACUUGAUUGUUUGUUGAUUACUGGCGUCAUGAGUCCGUACGCCGGUGUUGUCGAGAAGUUGUACAAGGACCUAAACAAGGAAAAAGUUACCCUGUUGAAAGUGGAGCGGGCGGGCGAUGUUCUAGCAGAUGCCCCCGCCAAGGUGGCUCAAUCGAUUUUGCUAUUCUGUAAGGGCCAAGGUCUGUUAACAUCGGUCGCAAUGCCCGGCGUUGAUCGCAACAGGGCCUUUUCAACCAGCUCCGGUGGCUCAAGUGAUGGCACACCCGGGGCCCGGCGAUUGUCCCGCGGAAUGUCGAUGGAAGACUAUGAUAAACCGAACAUUAGACGGCUUAGCGUCACCAUCACUGAACAGUUGCCGGAGAUUAAAAAGUAAAUAUCGGCUUGUAAUUGUGAUGAUAUUAUAUGAUCAUUAAAAUUUUAUCGAAAUGAAAACGAACAGUCAAAAACAUGAAUAUUACAAAGGUGCAGGAAACAGCUACAAACUGCUCUAAUAUCAAUUUUUAUAGAUGUAUGUAUUUUUUAAAAGGAGAAUAAAAUACAACACGUAAAUGCAGAUCUUAUAACCAAGCAACAAUUAAAGUUCAAGAAAUAAAGCAAAAUAUUAGUGAAACAACUGUAUUCUAAAAGCAAACGAAAAAUAAUAUACUCACAUUUGAUAACUGUUUUAGGCGCAACAACACGGGAGUUCAAUAUACAUUCAGCGAACUCAGUAGUAAUUAACAGAAACUGCUUCUGAAAUCUUAAUCCCAUCACUUACAUUUGUUUGGAAGUUGGUUGCGCCUCAUGAAUACCAUCACUCCAAAUCGAACAUCGUUUUCCAACGCCAAAGUUUUUUAGAAAACAAACAUCUGGAACCCGAAACUGAUCCCACGAUACCUAAACAAACAAACACAAGCAGAAAGUUUAUUUGAUAAGGAUAUUUUUCAACUUCAGAGCCUAUAUACAUCUUCUUAUACUUCUUAUUGAUGAGAGAUCAAGAUCCAAGCGUAUUAAUAUAUACCACGUAGAGAGGUUAGAAUUAGCCGGUAAAACCGUAAGCAACUACACACGCUUACCAAAACAGCAGCAAGUAAAAUUAUUUAACUAAAACAUUGUUGAAAAGCCAAAGCAUAUUUAGAGGACCUAUUUCUUCAUAGUAGCGAAUUAGUAGAAAGCAUAGCUUCACACGAUAUAAAAUCAUAAAGCACAGAAAUCGUCGCUUGUAAUUGAGAGUUAUAGAAAAUUUACUAAUUAUUAGUAGUUUAAAAUCAGCUCUGCACACGAUAAGAGAGAUAACAUCAGGUACUAUGAGUUGAACAAACCGAAAAAAUACAUUAAAACUAUAAAUUGUUGCUACGUUGGCACUCUCGGAAGCGGGGUCUGGCAUAAAUUAAUAUUGUUUUAUUAUUUCAUCUGGUCGAACAUAUUAUCGUAAGUUAUUUCAAAAAAAAAAUAAUAAUAAACUUAUUUAAACCAUACUGUAGUGAAUGAAAA